AUGCCGACUCCUGCCAACCCGCAGCGCCCCUCCAACCGUGGGGGAGGCACCAGAACAUCCCCGACCAAGAAACCGCUCGACAUUGGGGUGCCCCUAGGCAUUUACGAUACAAAUUCCGUGCGAGCAAAGGUUCGCAAGUGGCAGCAGCAGGGAGGUGGGGUAAUCACGGCCAAUGAUGGGGUUUGCUACGACGACGACGAGGAGAAUUCAACAGCCGAUUCCAAUUCUAAAGUGGCCGACGAUAAGGGAUCCGGUAGCUCCAAUGGCUCCGGAACGAGGACACGCAGCAAAAGCACGCCUCGCAAACGCGUCAUUAGUGAUGAACACUGGAAGCUGAAUCGAACUCCCACCCAAACGCCUUCCUCAAGGCUCCCUCCGCCGAAACGCAUUGCCGAAUAUACCACAAAUGACCGUCUACGUUCUCCGCAAGCUGGUGGAGCCGAAGAUGCGCGGGAGGAUACGAUAUUACCCUCUCCCUCCCGCAGCAAGGAAAGAGGCAGGGCUGCUAUAGCAUCCGACCUGGCAACGAGAGAACGGAGAAAGUCGAGGGCAUCUCGAGAUGUUGAUACAAUACCCGAGGACAAGGCCGAGGAGGAGAGUGCGUCACACAAUGGAUCUUCCAAGUCUACUUCGCGACCUGCAACCGCCGACAAAACCCAUGUACGCGCACGGUCGGAGCUGUCGCAGAGUGCAAAGAUAAAGGACGGAGGAUUGGACGAAGACUCCGAGUGGGCGGCAAGCGAGGCUGAUUUCUCAGAGCUCUCUAGGCGACGUGCGCGAGGUCCAAAUCCAGCACCCCGGGGUCCUCCACCUAGAGGCCGGGGAACAGUGAAGCCCCCCAAAGGCGGCAUCUUCUCCCAUAUGCUUGAUGAGUCCAAGAAGAUGUUCGCUAAACCGGAACCCCCCAAACCCGGUCGAGGCGCUAAAAUAGAGGCAUGGCUUUCUGAAACACCUGACCCGUUCAUCGAGGACGUGGAGCCCGAUGUCGAAAUACCCGCGCCAUUAAACACCAGAACCGGCAAGAAGAAGGAACCAGCGAAACAAGAGGAGGUGCCCAAGGUCAAGAGCGAUGCUGAGUCUCCUUUUGCAAGCGACACAUCGAAGAAGCAUGCGCCGCCAGCGCAGAGGAAAGAAGGCCCAACUAGAAGCGAACAAACUAAGACAGCAGAGGAGAAAUCAGAGCCCAAGAAGGACAACGCUGUGUCGGAUAAGAACAAGGCAUCUACAGAACGCGAGGAGAAACCGCGGUCAUCAGGCGCCGAUAAGCUACCUGUUGGCAAGCGAGACCGUGGCAACAAGGACAAUGCAUCGGAGACUGACUCCCAGCAGUUGUCGGAGGGGUCUGAAGUGUCUGCGAAUAAUGCACCGGUGCCGCUUGGUCGUCGAAAGCCAUUUCCCACGACAGGGGCCCAUCCCCUCUCGACAAUCGCGUCCGUUGAGUCAAUGAGCACGACGAAGGAGACUACAGGACUGAAGCAAGAUGCCGCAUCGGAAAAACGGGAGGCAGAGUCCACUCAGGCAAAGCUGGUCGAAGAGGAGAAAAGAGACCAGUUUGACCCCAACUCACUUCCCGGGAUUUCCUCCCAGUUGAAGAGGCGCCUUACUACUCAUGAUGAUUUGAUAUCAGUCCUGUCUGCUCCAAGUGGUCGGAGUAGAAGCCUUCGCUCUGCCAGGAGUCUAAAAACGAAGAGUCGUAUUACCACAGAGAACAUUCCUGACCUUCUUAAGGAGUUGGCUGCUGACGAGGUAAAAUACAUGCGUGAGCUUAAAACACUGGUCGGUGGUGUCAUCCCAGUCCUCUUGACAUGUGUGCUAUCGAAAUCCGAUUCUGCUAUUGCGGCUGGACUCUUUCGACCUUCUGUGGACCCCAAGGAUGAGGUGAAUUUCAGCAAGCCCAUAGUGGACAUGGGAGUUGCUAUUGAGCGACUGAAAACACUGCACAAGCGGAUUCCGCAGGAUGAUGUGGAAGCUCUGCUCACCUGGGCGAACGGGGCGCAGAGAGUGUAUCGCGAAUACCUCAAGGCCUGGAGACUGGGGUUCAAAGACGUGAUUGUCAACCUCGCGCCUCUUGAAGAGGGCGAGGCAGGCGACAAUACCGAUACAAAGAGUCUGGAUGAGGGCAUGGCAAGGGAUGAGAACGGCGAUGUGGUGGAUAGUGAAGGUGAGAAGGUUGACGUGGCAUACCUUCUGAAGCGGCCUCUCGUACGCCUGAAGUACCUCGCAAAGACCUUCAAGGGAAUCAAGACCAUUCAGCCAUCAGCCAAGGCCGAGGAUGUUGCUGCGGUAUAUCAGAGCCUUGUGACAGACGCCCGCCGCCGGGCCCGCGAAGAGAGAGCAAGGCUUGAGGAUGAAUCUGCUGCCAACGUUGACGCUACGCGUGCAAGGGAUCCUGCGACCUUGGGAGCACUCCCCGGAGUCACUGUCGAUAGAAGCCGAAGAGUCCGGGCCCGUGACUUCUUUAAUCUUUCGUUGUACCACACAAGUGGCCAGAUCAUUGACUGUCGUGCAGAGCUCCUCUUGAGAGACGGUGCCGCCGGAAAUAAGGCAGGCGGAGAUCUACUAAUCUGCGAGAUUGACCAUACAGAUCGUUGGUUGCUAUUUCCCCCUAUUGAGGUUGGCCGUGUCUCUGCUCGCAACGGCGACGUAAAGGGCGAGAUCGUGGUCAUGUUACGGAGUGGCCCGAACCAUACCAAACCCUGGCAAGAACUUCUGGUGCUCCAAAUUGAUGAAGAGGACAUUGGAUUCGAAUGGGUUCAGAUGCUGGGCUCGAAUCCUCUCCCACCGGCUAUCUGUAGAACCCAAAGCUUCAUUGAUAGGACCAAGCGGCAACGGGCAAAGACUAUAUCUUCAGCCAACGAGGCCUCUCAGGCACAAAAAGCGCCACCAAGUCCUUCAAAUGUCAAUGUCCCUAUCGGCGAGAAGCCUACUUCUCGUACCUUGCGCCGAUCCUUGACCCCUAAGGAUCAUCUUUCGGAUCCCAGUACCCUGGGCUCUUGGAUCAGCGAGUCCCGUACUUCACUGCAAAGUGCAGAAACUCCAGAGUCGGACUAUGCUAUUGGUGAUGAGCUAUCGAUCAAGUCCCCGCCUCCGCAAUCUAUAUUGCAUGCCAGGGAACCCCGCAAAAGCUUCACGGCUGAUGACAGACCUUCCCCUGGCCUCAAACGGUCAAAGGCCAAGAGAGUUACCAGAAAUGGAGAAAUCAUUCCUUCUAGCCCUACCACACCAACAGACCCAAGCUUGGACCGAGGAACCCCUCCAGCCCACGAAGAAGCCAGACGCCCAGAAGAAAAGAAACCCAAGCAGCAGCAGACCCCGAAGACUCCUACGAAGAGUACCCCUGAGAAGAGUUCUCCCCGAGUGUCUUCCGUGCCGUCGAUGGACCUCCCUCUUAUUCCAAAACUCAGAAAGGGCAGCAGUCAGACAUAUAUCUCGGACUCUUUGGCAUCCACAUCCGAUGACGAAUUUCCUCCUGUGGAAUAUGAUAACAUCCCUGAAACUCCUAGCAAGAACAAGAACCAUUCUCGCCAGCACUCGGGAUCGGACCAGGCUGACGAAGAUGAGUCCCCACCACCUCCGCCGACUCAUUCUCGAUCACCGAGUUCCAUUGGCUCCAGCCUUCCAAAUACCCCUGUGCUUAGCCCUAGUGGUGUGCGAACUAGGCGCCGUGGCUCCUCGCCCCUAAAGCAUGAAUAUGAACCAUCUACUGCUUCUGAUUCGUACUCGGAUUCUGAUACAUCGACUGUGCGUCGGUACGAAGUGCAUUCAGCCUCCGAGUAUUCGGACACAGAUAGUUCGGACGAGUCUGGAGAUGAGCACGCAUCACUGCCGCCAUUCGAAGCUCCUACCAAGCCAAAGGCACCAGCCCCAGAAGCCUCGUCUGCUAGUAGCUCUCUGUCAUUGUCUAAUUCGGCCUCUCAGGGUGGAUAUAGAUCUGUUCCCUCGCAACCGAGCAAGUCGUCCACUGUGAUUGCAUCGGUAUUCGCCUGGUCAGACAAGGGCUCAUGGGAUAGCAUCUUCCCCGAUGACUGCAAGGUUAUAGUCAGUCCUGGUCUCAUCGAAGCAUAUGAUGUGGGAAAUGCACCAGCCGGGAUGGAGGAAGAUGACAGCGACACGAAGAAAGCACGUCCGCUUAUCGCUCUUGAGCUCACACCCCUUGUACCUAUCCGUCGCGGCACAGCCAUUGACAUAAGUAUCCGCUCCCCUCCCACCAAGCGGUCCAAAAUUAACUGGAGCAACAACAUCAUGUUCCGAUCUCGAAACGCCGACGAGUGCGAAUUCCUAUACGGUCUCAUCAAUCAAGCGCGCAUCAACAACCCAACCUAUAUAGCGCUGCAGAAUGCCCGAGGACCUUACGCAGAGCAACCGGCACCCGUGGAGUCACCCACGAAGAAUGGUGGGUUGUUCGGCUGGCCACGACGCAGGCGAAGCUACCGUGCAUCUACUUCUCCACGGUCGGUUGCCGAUAACUCUGAGAGUAGCGUAGGGACCAUGAGCAGUGCAUUCUCAGCACUAAAGCGGUUCGGAGGCGGCAGCAAGAUGUUUAACAUCUCUCGUUCCUCACUCACCUCUCGCGAUGGGCAGAAUGAAGACAGCUUGUACUCAAGCUCUAUCGGCUCCGGGUCAAAUGCCUCUCCCUCAUCCGGUAUUGGCCGUAUCGCAGCCGCCAUCAAGGGCAGUGAUGGUAUCGGUCUGUCCAAUGCUAAGAUUCGGCUUUACUUGCGCGAAACUCAAUCCAAGUGGCGCGAUAUGGGUGCUGCAAGGCUAACCAUUAUGCCUGCGCCCUCAGCACCUCAUCCUUCUGACGCGGCCAGCGGGCGCGGAGAUGCCAACAGCAUUGCGGAAGGAGCCGAGGACAAUUCCCCAGCAUCUGGAUCCGCCUCUCCCCGACGCGGAGCGGAGCCCGAGAAGCGCAUCCUAAUUCGAGGCAAGACUCGUGGUGAGGUGCUCCUGGACGUCUGCCUAGGCGAAAGCUCUUUCGAGCGUGUGGCUCGAACCGGUAUCGCCGUGUCCGUCUGGGAGGAAAAUGAAGGCGGAGCCAUGCCCAAGAAGGGCGGUGUUACCGUCGGUAGCUCCAAGAUCUACAUGAUCCAGAUGAAGAGUGAAGCCGAAGCAGCAUACACCUUCGGACUUGUCGGGAAGUCCAGAUAUUGA